AUGUCUGGUUCCACAGCCGUGUCAGGGCUGGCACCCACGCCCGCGCCAAACGCUAUCGCUGGAUCGGCUGUCCCGGAGCGGACGUCGUCUGUCGUAGACGCUGGCAACUCUGCAUAUCCGCCACCACGGAAACUGGAGCGCAUGUACAGUGGGAAGUAUCGCAACGACCAUGGCCACCACCAAUCUCACUCUAGGCACCAUAAAGAAGAGCAGAAAACUGUUGGCGAAUAUGCACUCCAUGUUCUCUUUACUUCAUUCAUCUCCAUUGCUGAGGAGAAGCUCAACGAGUGCGUUGCUGGACCACUAGACUCAGAGCCUUCCAUUGAGAGCAUCUGCGGCCCAGGUGCGGACGCCGCUUUCGACCAGCACCUUGAAGCUCUGGGUCACAUUGCAAGGCAGAAGCCCAAGCCGCUUAUCGACAUCAUGAUGCUCUGGCGGAAAAGCAAAAGCGAUGCCGCAAACGAGGCGCGCAGUCAACUGCAGCAGGCUCGCGCCCAGAUUGGUCCUGUGCCUCUACAACGGCGAAACACCGAACCGUUCCAGACACUAUCGUCGCCCGGCGUCGCCGAGAACAGUUUGGCCAGCCCGACAGCCCUCUCUGCAAAGCAGGAGUUUGUCGCACAAGCAGAACGCAAGUCGACAGUGUCCAUCUACGUCUUGUGCCGCGUACUGCUCGAAGUGAUUACCCAGAGCAAUCUGGCUUCUAUCACACCGGAAAUGGAAGACAAACUCGAAGCCAUCAUCUUUGGCCAGCUGAAGAUGGCCGACGCCGAGCAGCUCAUGGUAUCCCCGCUCCGCAUGGCCAACUGGAGCCUCUUCGCCCAGUUGCUCGGUGCCAUGAGCGAGAUCAGUUUUGCGACCGUGACUGACCGGUUCAUCAACGAUCUAGAGCGCUCUCAACAAGAAAUCAACUUCCGUAGUCCCGUGCUCGUCAACCGCAGCGACAGUGAGGAGAAGAUGGAGUUGGUCCUUGGCGGCAUGAAGCACCUGCGCUUAAAACUUGCGCCAGCCAGCGCAUGGGACCAGUCGUGCGACUUUAUGGUUGCACUCGGCAAGCUCUACAGUCGCUGUCAUGGCCAAAAGGUCAAGGCUGCCUUUUGCCAGAUCUUUGACUUGCUUCUUCUGCCAGUGGCCGCCAAUGCAAGCAACAGCGACUUCGGCCGGCCCAAAUGGGGCGACGUCUUGAGUACCAUCAGUCCUCGUCUGGCCCAGAUGUUCGUCAAGCCCCGUCAUUGGGCUUGUGCGUUCCCACUGACUGCCACGAUGCUUUGCACAUCGCCACCAGACAGCUUCGGCAAUCAGUGGCUCCAGCUUGUGUAUCCUUUACAGACAAGACUAAAAGACCGUGCUUCGAAACCUCUUUCGCUCCAAGUUUUGUCCCGUAUUGUGUGGACCUAUCUCUACCGCACCACCGAUUCUGUAUCGGGUACCAUUCGGAAGCUUGAGGAGGUUCUGAAGCUGAUUAUUCCAAGCACAAGACGGUCAAUAGUGGCGGCAGACACGGCCGUGGUUGACCCCUUAAUUCAAAUCAUCCGAUUCAUUGGCUUCAAGCACCCCGAGUUCUGCUUCAAGACGAUCAUAUUCCCCCUCAUCAAUGCCGAGUUGUUCACUGCCAACCGCGAUCUCAAGGUUGAAAACCUAGAACCUGAUCGGAUUGUUGUUGGUAUCCGUGCCUUCUUGGCUGUCAUCUCUGAUCUGGAGCGUGGCGCGGUCGGACGCCCUCCGUUUCCCCAGAGCUACUCGACGUCUCCCUCCGACCGUAUGCCGACAUCACCUACACUCGGCUCGCCUGUUUCGGCUGGUUUUAUUGGCGGGAUGGCCAAUGCCAGUGCCCGCUUACGAGCCACUUCUGUGUCUACAACCGCCAGCGCGAACAGCCUCGACGAUCAGCUCUCGAGGCCUGUUGCGACGAAUGUGCUGACGGACACCGUCCGUGACUACUAUGCACGCUUCUGUGAGAUUCUUGGAAAGAUUACAAUCAUAUGCGAUAAUACGUUUGGGGGGCAGGCUGCGCUGGACGAGAAAUUCAGCAGUCCGGGUCCAAAAACGCCCAUCGCCGAGACCUUCAACUUUGCUAGACGUGAUGAGCACCCUAACCCGGUCGAUCAGAAGCAACCUUUCUAUGAGCUUCUCCAUGUAGCCGUCCAGGCUCUGCCUCGGUGUCUGUCACCCGACAUUCCCUUCAACUCCUUGAUCAACCUCUUGUGCACGGGCACAGCGCAUAUUCAGCCGAAUAUUGCCGAGUCCUCUGCCCAGUCGCUCAAAGCCAUUGCGCGCCAGUCGCAUGCUCAGCCGGUCACCACGGGAUUCUCGCGCUUUAUUUUCAAUUUUGAUGAUCGGUAUUCCACCAUGUCCGAUGGCGGCAUGUUGGGGGCUGACCACAUUGAGAAUACUCUUCGCCUGUACGUCGAGCUUCUCCAGAUCUGGAUUGAAGAGAUUCAGCGCAAGACCAAGGACAUGACGUCGGCCGACUCAGGAGAACCCGGAAACCCCAUGGCAGACAAGCGCGGCAUGAAACUAGAUCUCUCCAGCAUCUGGGCCGAGGUCGACCAGAUCGAGGCCCACGGGUUGUUCUUCCUGUGCUCGCAGUCGCGCAGGGUUCGCAACUUUGCCAUCACUGUGCUCCGGCUCAUCUCCAAGUUCGACGCGGCUCUUGGUAAGCCGCAGUCAGAUGACAAGGACAACUUGCGCGUCAUUGACAUACUUGAGAACGAAUCGUCCCAGAUCAUGAACUUCAAUGACGAGUACUUGACUGUGGCUGAGCGCAGUCGCUUGCAGCGUGGCCUGAAGAACAGCGGUAGCCAGGGCGCCGUGAUUGAGCUGUGUGCCAGCGACUUGUCCUACGAUGCCACUCUGUGGUUCAAGGUCUUCCCGAACCUAAUCCGUGUGAUUAAUGAGCGAUGCCUUUUCGCUGUCACAAUCGGCCGUGACUUGAUCUGCAAUCGUAUCCUGCAAAUGUACAAAGCGGUCACGGUAAUGUCGGAGCCAGUUCGGGGUCCUUACCAAGGAACCGACCAGGGUGUUCCUCGAUUCAACAAUAUUAAUCAGACGCCAACAACUCAGCCGGAACUCCUUAUCGAACAGUGGACGCUGUAUCUCAUUUUCGCUUUCUCGACACUCCCUGACUCCGGUGGUGACCCGCCCCCAAACGGAUCGCGAGCCAACCAGCACGGGCGGAAGGGUUCAAAGUCGUCCCCUCCCAACCCCGAUAAGAUCGUGUCGGCGAGGAACCUUUUCAAGUAUCUCAACCCCUUACUGUCGGCGACUUCAACGUCCGUUCGAGAAUCCAUAGUCACCGGUAUGGGAGCAAUUAAUCUCAGCAUCUACCGUGCGCUCCUGGAGGAGCUUGAAGGCCAUUUGUACCGGCUCUUUGACGAAGCGAAGGGUCGUUCCCACCAACGUACCAACAGCAGCCCCCGCCGUAACAAGAAACUUGACACUCUGCGGACCGAAGCGGCGCAUGUCUACCGGCUGACGAGCCAUUUUUUGAAACUUCCGGAGGUGUACAACGACGAUUGGAUUCUUAAUCAACUUGUGAGCCAGGCCCGGGAUAUCAAACUCUUCUUGAUGGACGGUGAGGUGCAGCAUGAUAUGCAGUUCCAGAAGCUACGACGCCAUUAUUGUGGCCUCAUGGAGGAGUUGUAUUUAGGGAUCAACCGGUCUCGGGACCCAUCUCGCUGGAUUACCUUUGAGGCCCGUAAGUCCUCAUUCUCGCUCAUGGAGGACUGGUGCGGUUUCACGCCGAGCCAAGCCCAGCUCUAUCAGCGCGACGAAAGCGGCAGAGUCUCUGUGAUUGACCAGCAUGUUCAACAUCGACCACCGGAUAGUACCCUGACCGCUGCAAUGGAGAUCGAGAAGCGGCAUCUGCGGACGGCCGCCUUGAGUGCUAUGGCUGCGCUCUGUGCGGGGCCCAUCAAUGUUACCACGGAAAGUGGUGCCUCGCUGCAGUUCGACAUGCGGCGCAUGUUUGCCUGGAUUGAAGAUAUUUUCCAGUCAGGCAACGAUCGCAUGCGUCUCAUCGGACGACAGGCGUUGACGAACCUUAUUGUUCACAACAAGGAGCACUCGUUCUUGCUGGAACACAGCAUUGGACGGUGUUACCUUACCGAGUCGGCCAACGUGCUCGAGUGUUACUUUGAAGUCGUCAUCCAAGUUCUUCUCGAGCACCCUGACUACCCGUGUCCAUUCUGGCGGCUGCUUGGUCUGUGUCUGUUUACGCUUGGCAACGAACAGAGCGAGAUCCGUUCAAAGUCGGUUUCGAUGCUUCGUUCGCUCGAGGAACGCCAGAGUGUUGGCCGUGGCUCAAAGAUUCAAGAUUUCGACAUUAGCGUCUCGGACAAAACCAAAGCUGUCUACAAGCUGGCACAGUACAAAAUCUCGGAGCGCCUGUCAAAGCAACACACCGAAGUUGCUUUCCAUAUCUUCUCUGAGUUCACAUACUACUUCAAGGAUGUGCAGCAGGCUGCACAACGGAAUGUCAUUGCUGUCAUUCUACCGUGGAUCCAGUCCAUCGAACUUAAGGUCGACCCCAACGGCGGCCCGACGGCCGAGUCCUAUGUUCUUCUUGCCAACCUGCUGGAGAUCACUAUCAAAUCGAGCGGCGCCUUGCACAAUGAAGUGCAGGCUCUUUGGCAAGCACUCGCCACCGGACCCCAUCCUGGCAAUGUGCGCCUGAUUUUGGAUUUUAUAAUGGCGUUGUGCCUCGAAAGACGAGAGCAGAACUUUGUGGAAUACGCCAAACAGAUCGUUGUGUUCUUGGCCAGCACGAGCAGCUCCCCAGGGCAGAAGGUUAUCGACUUCCUGCUUUUGCAGAUUUCCCCCAAGGCAAUGGUACCCAACGAAAAGCGAGAGACGAUGCCUACACCAGCGGACGCGAACAGCUUGUUCCCCUAUUGUGCCGACCUCAAUGACGCGCUUCCUGUUGGAACAAAGCAGGCCGGUUUCUCACUGGGCCAGCUGUCCUUGAUCCUGCUCGUGGACCUGAUGGUAUCGCCUGUCAACUUAGCCGCCGAAAACGUCCCUGUCUUGCUGCAAGUAGUCACUGUCCUUUGGGACCACUACACGCCUCUGGUGCAGGAGCAGGCACGCGAAAUGCUGGUGCAUCUCAUUCAUGAACUUGUUAUCUCCAACAUUGAUGACAAGACGGUCGAGGAAGCGAAGGCUAUCGAAGGCUUUGUAGAGCUGAUCCGCCGCCAUGACAAAACGGUAGUCUGGGCUUACGAAGACAGCAAUGGCAAGGAAGACGAUCAGGACAGCAAAGUACCCCCGAGCAUGGAACACUUGACCUCCGAAGUUGUCAAAACGUUUGAGAUUGCCUAUCCCGGCAUCAAGGAGCAAUGGGGCCGUCUUUCGUUAACGUGGGCCACAUCCUGUCCGGUCCGCCAUCUCGCGUGCCGAUCGUUCCAAAUAUUCCGCUGCAUUUUGACGUCCCUUGACCAGUACAUGCUUGCCGACAUGCUCGCCCGGCUGUCCAACACAAUCGCAGACGAAGAUGGCGAGAUUCGGACGUUUUCGAUGGAGAUUUUGACGACGCUCAAGACACUCAUCUCGAAGCUCGAUCCCGAAAAGCUCCUGACGUUCCCGCAGCUCUUCUGGACCACAUGUGCAUGCCUCGAGUCUAUCAACGAACGCGAGUUCCUCGAAGCCGUUGACAUGCUGAACCUGUUCUUGGACAAGUUGGACUUCCAAUCCGCCAGCGUAAGGCGCCUCUUCCUGGAUGGCCAGCCGACUAAAUGGGAUGGGCCGUUCGAAGGUCUUCAACCACUGCUGUAUAAAGGCUUACGCUCUUCGCUUUGUCUGGAUGCCACAAUCAAGACGCUCGACAAACUCGUACGGCUCCCCAGUGAUGCCCUUAUUGGAGACGAUGACCGCCUGUUCCUGGCCCUUGUUGCGAACCUCCCUCGCUUCUUGCACGAGAUGGAGCAAGGUAACACGCUUAGCGACGACAUUGUCCAGACGACACAGAAGUUGCUAGGUCUGGCACUCUCCCAAGGUCACGGCGGCAUCGCAAUGGUGCUGGACGGCUACUUAUCUUCCACAUACGACAAAGAUGGUGGCGACUUUGCGAUGCAGAUGUUUGCGGCAUUCCAAGAGCACUUCUUGCCGCGCCUCGACUUCCAGAUGGUCACCAUGUUGAUGGGCUUCCUCACGAACAGCAUUUCGUGGGUGCGGCUGAAAACCAUGCGAAUUCUCUGUGUGUUCAUCCCGCAGAUCGAUAUGAGGCAGCCAGAUAUUGCUGGCCACGGCUCCGACCUUCUUUCGCCACUCUUGCGCCUGCUCCCCACUGAUUUCUGCAUGGAAGCCCUGCAGGUUCUUGACAACAUCAUGACUAUGUCCGGGUCAUCUAUGGACAAACAUCAUAUCCGCAUGAGUAUGACGCGUGCAACAUCAAAGUCCAUCCGCAAAGAGUACGAGCGCACACAAAGCUUGUUUGGCAUUCCAGAAGAGUCUGGCUGGGCAAUUCCUAUACCGGCAAAGAAGACGGACUCGACACGCGCCAAUAUCCACGCCGUCUUCUACAGCUGUCAGAACACCGAGGGCGUCGCCGCCGAAACCCCAGCGCCUACACCAGAGGUGGAAUUCCAUGUUGAGGAGUUCCCUUACUUGUACUACCCCGCGGCGAUGGAGCGCACCGAUACUAUGCUCUCCGACGAUGCGGUGCGCAGCGACAUGUCAGUGACCGGCGAUCUCGUCACCAAGCUCGACAGUCUAGAUGACUUCUUCGACGAUAUGGGAACCAGCCCGCCCAGCGAAAGCCGCUCAUCGACCAUUACGAUUACAGAAGCGUUCCCGGAUGGCGCUGUUGUGGCAUCGGGUGCCCAGCUCUACGACGAAAUUGUGCCUCUUCUCCACGAAGCAUCCAACCCGACAAACAACUUGCAGAAUGCAUUUGCAGACCGGCCGCCCGGAUCGCGCGACGGCACCAACAACUCGGCUGUGGCCAACACAAUGAACCCAGGCGCCUUCAAUUUCACCAGUCAUGUAGCGCCACCCCCGCCGGGAAGUGCAGCCAGGCCUUCACUACAUGCCCGGUCCAUCACGUCUCCAUCCGCACCGGCCUCAGUGUCUCCGUCCGGCAUCGCGUCCGUCGCAGCUUCGUCGUCGUACCUGCGCGAGUUUGCCUCUGAUGACGAAGACGCUUUCUUCUCGGACGUAGAAGAUGACCGUCAAGUGGCCGGCAAUAACGGCGGGUUGAUGGCCGGCGGAGGAGCCAGUGGCGGUGGCUCUGCCGGCUCUGCCGGCUCCGCUGGAUCCUUUAGCGGAGGGGUGGGUGGUAACGGCAACCACAGCGCUGGCGGUGUGUUCGAGACCAUGAUCCGCCCCCUAGCACAAAGCACCCGCUCGCGCAUGAGGCGGCUGACGGGCAGUCGGUCGCGCGACGAGAAACUUUCUGACGUUAUGGGUGGUAUGGGUGGCUUUGCAAGCAUGCCAGGCUCUGCCGGGAUGACGUCGCCUGGUCCGUCUAGUGGUGGUGGAGGCAGCGGCGGGAGCGGCGUUGGUGUCAGUAACAACGGCAAUGGUGUUCCCAGCGGUAUAGCCUCGCCGCCGCCAUUGCGGUCGGACAAGCUCCCCGUGUCACCACAGGUGCCCAAGCUACCCAGUUCGUACCUUACAAAGAGCAAACCGAGCAACGACAUGUUGUGA